AUGGUCCAAACUGUUUUGGUUACUGGUGCUUCGGGAUUUAUCGCCGCCCACGUGGUGGACGCUCUACUUCGAAAGGGCUACGAUGUGCGAGGAACAGUUCGCUCUGAGCAGUCGGCCUCCGAGGUUCUUCAGACACAUUCCAAGUAUCCCGGCCAAGUGAGCAUAUCCAUUGUGCCGGACAUUGCAGCACCAAACGCGUUCGACGAAGCUGUUCAAGACGUUGACGGGAUCAUUCAUACUGCGUCACCCUUCAUUCUUGAUGCUACUGACUUCGACAGUCAACUGUUUCAGCCGGCCAUCCAGGGCACGCUUUCCAUCCUUGAAGCGGCCCGGAAGCACAAUCCUCGGAUUUCUCGAAUCGUCAUCACCUCUUCUUUUGCGUCAGCCAUAGAUCCGAACCAAGGCAUGCGCCCCGGCUACGUUUACACCGAAGAAGACUGGAAUCCCGUAACCAAAGAGACAGCGGCAUCGGGUGGCGGUGUGAUUGCAUAUCUGGCAUCAAAGACAUUUGCAGAGCAAGCCGCCUGGAACUACGUCAAGAACAACAAGCCGAAUUUCGAUGUAACUACCUUGUUGCCUCCCCUGGUAUAUGGACCGGUGAUCCACCAUGUGCGCGACGUGAGCUCACUCAACACAUCUUCUCGUGACAUCUACCGCCUCAUUGACGGAUCCGAGAAGGAGGUCCCCGACACGUCAUUCUGGGCUUUUGCUGAUGUCCGGGACGUUGCCGAAGCCCAUGCCCGAGCCUUUGAAGAGCCAGCAGCAGCUGGGCAGCGGUACUUGAUCGCCAAUUCUGCAUACAGCUACCAACAGGUCUGCGAUAUAAUCCGAGAGAACUUUCCCCAAUUCCACAACUUGACACCGAAAGGCACCCCUGGAGCACGUCUCCCACCAGUCUACAAGCUGGACACAUCCAAGGCGGUCCACCAGCUUGGCAUGAGCUUCAGGCCGCUCGAACAGACGAUCGUGGACACUGUUGAGACUUUUCUUAAAUUACACCUGUGCCAUGUUUCCGGUUGUAAUUAA